AUGGCGAUCCAAAAGAAGCACGGUAAAGGUCGUUUGGAUAAGUGGUAUCGUCUUGCAAAGGAAAAAGGAUACAGAGCAAGAGCUGCAUUCAAAUUGAUUCAGCUGAACAAGAAGUAUGGGUUCUUGGAAAAGAGUAAAGUGCUUCUGGAUCUUUGCGCGGCUCCAGGUUCGUGGUGUCAAGUUGCCGCAGAAUGCAUGCCAACGCAAAGUAUCAUUGUCGGUGUCGAUCUAGCGCCAAUCAAGCCGAUUCCUCGCGUCAUCACCUUCCAGAGCGAUAUCACAACUGAGAAGUGUCGCGCUACAAUCAGACAACACUUGAAGCACUGGAAAGCGGAUACGGUUCUUCACGACGGAGCCCCGAACGUUGGUACAGCGUGGGUUCAGGAUGCCUUCUCCCAGGCAGAGCUGGUUCUGCAGUCAAUGAAGCUGGCGACUGAGUUCUUGGCCGAGGGUGGUACCUUCGUCACCAAGGUUUUCAGAUCGAAGGAUUAUAAUCCUUUGCUCUGGGUCUUCAAGCAGCUAUUCACAUCAGUCGAAGCUACAAAGCCACCGUCUUCUCGCAAUGUCUCUGCUGAAAUUUUCGUCGUUUGUCGCGGUUUCAAGGCGCCCAAGCGCAUUGACCCCAAGUUCCUUGAUCCGAAACAUGUCUUUGCGGAAUUGGUCGAGACGUCGCAUAACAACGAAGCUCGUGUGUUCAACCCGGAAAAGAAGAAGCGAAAGAGAGAUGGUUAUGAGGAAGGGGAUUAUACACAACACAAGGAGAUUCCGGUCACGGAAUUCAUCAACACGACUGAUCCAAUUGCGAUCCUUGGAUCCUACAACACACUCAGUUUUGACCAGGCACCGGGCGGUGAUCUAGCAUUGGCCACUUUGAACAGACUGGAGGAUACCACGGAGGAGAUCAAAACCUGUUGUCAAGAUUUGAAAGUGCUGGGCAAAAAGGAAUUCCGGAAUUUGCUUCGUUGGCGAUUGAGGGUUCGUGAGAAGUUCGGCCUUGUCGUGAAAAAAGGACAGUCAAAAACUGAGGAUCCCGAAGAAGUAGCGGAAGUAGCUCCUAUGGAUGAGGAGUUGGCAAUCCAAGAAGAACUGCAGCGUCUCAAGGAAAAGGAGAGCUCGAAGCGCAAGAAGGAGAGGCGAAAGGAGAAUGAGAAGAAACGUAAAGAAAUCGUUCGGAUGCAAAUGAACAUGACAACUCCUAUGGAUAUUGGUAUGGAGCAACUUGGCCCUGGAGGAGACGAUAUGACUUUCUCUCUGAAGCGAGUGGAAAGAGAGGGUGCAAGAGAUGUCAUUGCCUCUGGAAAAGUUGCGGAGAUCGAGAGCGAUAGUGAUGAUGAUCUCUCCGAUUCGGGUAGCGAGGAAAGUGACGACGAAGGCGAUCAACUGGAAAGGGAACUUGACUCACUGUACGAACAAUAUCAAGAAAAAAGAGAGAACCGGGAUACCAAGCUUCGCGCAAAGAAAGCACGGAAGGGCUACGAGGCGGAUGAGUGGGACGGUUUCUCUGAUUCUGGCAAAGAAGACGAAGGAUCAGACGAGGAAAGCUCCGAUACGGCAACCCCAGCGGCAAAGGCCGUUCUUCCACACUCCGGGGCGCUAUCGAACAAGGCCGCCAUGUUCUUCGAUCAGGAUAUUUUCCAGGAUCUUGAAGAUCUAGAUGACGUUGAGGGCGAGGACAGUGCAAUCGAACUUCACGAGAACGAUAAACCCGCAAAGAAGGAACCAGCCUCCGAGAAGAAAUCCGCCAAGGAUAUAAAGAAGAAAGUACAGGCUACUGAAGACUCUUCGGAUAGCGAGCCUGAAGAGUUUGACGAUCCACGGAAGCAAAACGGCCAGCUUGAUAUUGACAUCAUUACUGCCGAAGCUAUGGCCCUUGCUCAGCAGAUGGCUACCGGUGAGAAGAAGUCGCAGGACAUUGUUGACGACGGUUUCAACCGAUAUGCCUUCCGGGACAGCGACGGUCUUCCCGAAUGGUUCCUCGAUGACGAGACCAAGCACUCUAAGCUUCAGCGUCCUAUCACAAAGGCAGCGGCCGCCGCUAUCAAGGAGAAGAUGCGUGCCAUCAAUGCUCGACCCAUCAAGAAGGUCAUGGAAGCAAAGGGUCGUAAGAAGAUGAAGGCCGCCCAGCGACUCGAGAAGCUACGCAAGAAGUCUGCGCUGCUGGCGGAUGAUGAGGCACUCAGUGAAAGGGACAAGUCGCAAGCCAUCUCCAAACUGAUGAGCAAGGCGGUCAAGAAGAAGCCCAAGCAGCAGGUGAAGCUGGUUGUUGCCAAGGGAGCCAACAGAGGUAUCUCUGGUCGUCCACGUGGAGUGAAGGGCAAGUAUAAGAUCGUCGAUUCACGUAUGAAGAAGGACAUUCGGGCUCAGAAGAGACUGGCCAAAAAGAAGAAAUAA